GGACUCGGCGAAGCGGAAGUCGCUGAGGUGGACGGGGGUGGCGGCAGCGAGCGACGAUGAACAACAAAUUCGACGCGUGAGUCGGCGGCGUGGCCCAGGCCCUGUCCGCGGCUUCCAUCCGCGAUGAGUCACGGGGCCGCGCACAGCCCCUUUCCCCCCGCCCGGCCCGGCCCUGCGCCCUGGCGGGAGGCAUCGCGGUGGGACGGGCCGGCCUUCUGGCCACGGUUCUCGCUCGGCUUUUCCUGCCCUCGGCAGGGAGUGGGGCAGGCCGGGAGCCCUGAGGCGUGCGGGGGGUGAUGGCUGCCGCGCCUGGCCCAGGCUGUGGAGAGCCAGGGAAAGGAUUGAAAGAUGAUGAUAGUGGAGACCAUGACCAGAAUGAGGAGAAUAACACACAGAAAGACAGUGAGAAGGAAAAGAAUGAUCGAGAGAAACCACAGAGUACCACCAAGAGGAAGGCAGUUGUCCCAGGACCAGCUGAGCACCCCUUGCAGUAUAAUUACACUUUCUGGUACUCCAGACGAACACCUGGGAGGCCUACCAGCUCGCAGAGUUAUGAACAGAACAUCAAACAGAUUGGCACCUUUGCCUCAGUGGAGCAGUUCUGGCGGUUUUACAGUCACAUGGUACGUCCUGGGGACCUGACAGGCCAUAGUGACUUCCAUCUUUUCAAAGAGGGCAUCAAACCCAUGUGGGAGGAUGAUGCCAACAAAAAUGGUGGUAAAUGGAUUAUCCGUCUGCGGAAGGGCUUAGCAUCACGAUGUUGGGAGAAUCUCAUUCUGGCGAUGCUUGGAGAGCAGUUCAUGGUGGGCGAAGAAAUCUGUGGGGCGGUCGUCUCUGUCCGAUUCCAGGAGGAUAUUAUCUCGAUAUGGAAUAAGACAGCCAGUGACCAGGCCACGACAGCCCGGAUACGCGACACGUUACGAAGAGUGCUCAACCUACCUCCCAACACCAUCAUGGAAUAUAAAACACACACCGAUAGCAUCAAGGAUAAUUCAAGCUUUCGAAACACAAAAAUCACAUUGUGAGAACAAGAGUUGGCACUAAGCUCCUCUCUCCGUGUUGACAGCACUGAGGGGUCUCCACCAGUGCCCUCCGACCUCUGAAGGGACUCAUGGGCCACUCUCGCACUCCUCCUUGGAGGAAGGAUCCAUCUGAAGCCCUCCAGCAGUGGUGAUGAUAGAGGCUGAUUUUGUCAUACACAAACUUUUUUAGCAGCGGGGCGGGAGGCCAACCUUUCGAUUAGCAGCGUGCCCUUGGGGCCGCAUCUCGCAGCACUUUCCUCUCUUUCUGUACAUGGCAUGCAGGAUCUCUGGGAUUCUGCCUUGAUGUCAGAGCCUUUUGCUGAGGGACACCAGUAUUAUAAAUCUCUCUGCAGCUGGGAGGAGCUUCCCAGUUGAGAGUCAGCCCCAUGGUUUUCAAAUGCCCACUUUCAGCUCUGCCAAUAAAUUAUUGGGUCUCUUUGUUUC